CUAGACGUUUCAACAUACGCAAGGGAAAAACUAAAACGACGUCGUCGGAGAAACACCUGUGCCAUUUUCAGCCCAAUUAAAGUCCUGCCCCGAGACCUGUCAGCAUGUUAGGGUUAGUUCUCCUGUCCAUGGUGGUGAGCUCCCAGGCCUUUCCCUCCUUUACCAGUGGCCUCGAGGCAGCUUGCAGCUCUUGUGAUGGCAUCCCGGAACACGAUUCAGUUGUUCCCCAGCAAAGCUACAAUCCGCUUGAUGUGUUAUACGAAAUUGACGAGGACGGAUCUUUCAUACACAUUAAGAUCAGCAGCGAUCGCCCUUUCCGUGGGUUUAUGAUCAAGCCUUCAUCAGCUGGCUUUUUCGGGCUUGGCGAGAAUACGACGCUCCUUCACUGUGACGACGGCUUGGAUGCGCUCACCCACAAGAACGCCAUUGACAAGGUUUCCAUCACUACGAUGUUCAUAAGAACAGCAAAUGAACCUCGAUGGAUAAGCUUCAGGAUCACCCUUGUUGAAAAAUUCGACGUUUUCUGGCCACCCUCCACCCUCGAUAUAUAUCUGUAACGUUCCAUGACUUUCCGACCAGUUAAAAAAGCACGGACAUUUAGUUUGGAACGAGAUCGUGCGAGACUUUCCGAGAAUUAACUGCGUUGCUGGGCGUGGCCUGCCUUACCGACACAAAGAUGGCGGCUAUUGCCUGCGCUUGAAAAUGAAA